CACUCUCAGUUUGUCCAAGAGCAGUGCCCCUGGUUUGCAUGUUUCUGCCAAGUCUGGGGAUCUGUAUAUCUGUUCUCCCCACCCCUGUAUAUGAAUAUUAUCUCAUCAGAACCAGGAGGUUCACACAGCUGGAACCCAUUUCCAAGGAACAAACAUUUGAACCCAUCUCCAGUUGGAAGGGAACAGCCAGACACUUGUGCCUCCAAGGUGGUGAUGGCUCUUCAAAGGACCCAUUCACUGCUUCUGCUCUUGCUGCUGACCCUUCUGGGGCUGGGGCUGGUGCAGCCCUCCUAUGGCCAGGAUCGAAUGUACCAGCGAUUCCUGCGGCAGCACGUGGACCCCCAGGAGACAGGCGGUGAUGACAGUUACUGCCACGUGAUGAUGCAAAGACGGAAGAUGACUAGUCCAAAGUGCAAGCCCUUUAACAGUUUCAUCCAUGAAGACAUCUGGAACAUUCGCAGUAUCUGCAGCACCACCAAUAUUCAGUGCAAGAACAACCAGAUGAACUGUCAUGAAGGUGUCAUGAAGGUCACAGAUUGCAGGCAGACAGGAAAUUCCAAGGCACCUAACUGCAGAUAUCGGGCUAGGGCGAGGACCAGACGAGUUGUCAUUGCCUGUGAGGGUUACCCUCCAGUGCCUGUGCACUUUGAUGCAUAGAUGCCAUCCAGUAUUGGUUACAGCCUGUGGCUAGCCACUAAUUUAGACCUAGAUGGCAAUGAGUGAUACAUUUGAAAAGUCUCAGGCUCUGUUUCCUCUGCCCAUUUCUUAUGCUUCCUCUGUAUAACCCAUUCUAUUAAAUACAUUGCAUCCAAGAAAAACAGAGACAUAAACCUAUGAGUCUGAGUUUUUCUACAAUAAGCUUCUUAUAAUACUGGUCAGCUUAGCUUUCUCAGAUCUUAUACUCUGUAAUUUACUCAUUACAUGUAUUUUUAUUGCAUUUCAAGUGCUUUCACCUCAGUUAUUUUAGUACCACAGCAGCACUUUGACGAUGCCUUUGUAUAUGGAAGCUUGAAGUUAAAGAAUUUGCUGAGACUGUCAAGUUAAUGGAAGAGGUGAGACAAAAAUCCAUGUGAAUUAGCUACUUAUCCAGGGUUUUUUCUGCUCUUAUCACAAGGAAUGCUUUGAAAGUGUCUACUUUUGUUACUUCCCUAAGUCAGCUGUGGGGGAAACCAUUAAAAAUUUGUGAAUAACAUACUGACAAAAGGACAGUUCUGUGUUACUUGGCAUUGUAAUGUUUGUGUCUGAUAAGAUGAAAAAAGAUAUUAGAAAUUUUCCUUUUCCCCCAAACUUUUCAAUCACCCUAGUAAGCCAAAGUCUUAAAAAUUUUUUAGAUCGUACUCAUUUACUCUCCCUAACUGAAAGAUGUUUCAUGUAUUCAUUAUAAUAAAGGACUUAUCUGCAGAAUCUAAAA